AUGUCAAACAGAAGCCCUUACAUUGAGAGGGACAGCCGGGGACGAGAACGUCUCGUUCUAGGCCGAACGUCCUCCCAUCGUCGUACUUCAUCUCACAGAGAAAGAGCUGCCGAGGACCUCCUUGACGAAGCGGAAGCCAGAGAACAAUCUCUCAUAUCUCAAGUCUCAUCACUGCAAACCCAACUCAGCAUGGCUCAGAGAGAUCAAUGGCACCUCCAGAACUUGCGAGCCGAACACCAGCGCGUGGUCAACGAGCACUACCAGUGUAGAAACAUGCGUGCACAGCUAGAUGCGCAGGUCAGAGAGGUCCGUAGGAUGGAAGAUCUGCUCGUGGAAGAGGAAGACCGCAAUGCAAAACUCGAGCACAAGAACGAGAAGCUGGAGGAGAAGAACAGGCUGUUGAAGAGGGGAAGUGGAGAGAAUUACCAGAGGCGGUACGAGGAGAAGUUGCUGGAGGUUGAGAUGCUGAGGACCAGAAUGGUGGAGAAGGACGAUCUGAUCAGGUUGGCGGAGACGAGGAUUGCGGAUAAAAAUUCCACGAUCGUGUAUCUCAAAAACUACUUGAGAACACAUGGUUUCAGAGUUGAAGAUUGAGCAGAAGCAGAGAUGGGAUUAAAGGAUAGGGGGAUUUGAAGCCGACGACAGCAGUCAGGUAGAUGCCGGAAAGACAUCUCGCGGUCGGAUAACACAACCGAAGCCAAACCAACAAAGUCCAUCCACAACCAGCGUACUUACCUUUAUGGCCAACGAAGAGCUUAUCUGGAUUCGCACCUGGCGGGUAAAGACCAACAACAUAAAGUCAAAAUAUCGCCAUCCGCCUUCGCAAGUAACCAUCAACAACUCCAAACAGCGGGCAGCCGACGUAGAUUCGCAUUCGACACUCAUAGUUCGAACAUGGAGAACUAUUUAGCAUCCUCACGCAAUCCUUCCUAGAUAGGAUGUCAUCGCAAGCUAAUGAUUACUCGCAUGUAUGUGAGUACACCACAGAUCAAUCAGUCACCAAUUUAGGCAUCUACUGAUAUCUCUUGGCUUAGGAUAGGAUCAACUCUAAAUCCUUCAGGACUCGGAUAACAUGAGAGGGAGGGGUCUAGAAGUCCUGUACGUACGCUGGAUAGGCUGCGUAGAAGCGUAUGCGUCGUCCUGUUGGCUACUUGCUGAGCCGAGCCGAGUCGAGUCAGACAGACAGACAGACAAUCGACUUUGUCAGUUUGCUCGCUAAGUUAUGCUUUUGGUGACUUAUCUUUUGCGAGAUUGUGUAUAAUUAUAUAUAAAUGACCGGGUAAUUAAUUCAUGGUUCUGACUACCUAUCUUCUUUUAGUACCUAGGCUUUGAGUGGAUGAACUCGGACGACUAGCUAGUCUUCCAUAGGUACUGUACUCUUCCAUGAGAUUAUUCAUUCCGAGAAACUGACAUAGAAUCAAUCCACCACUUUC